AUGUUCGGUAUACUUAUCUCGGCGAUUUUACUGUUUGAAGGUAAUUUUUGUUGUAGAACAGUGGUUUCAACGAGUGUGACAUAUGAUAGUAAGGCACUGGUAAUUGAUGGAAAGCGGAGAAUCCUGCAAUCGGGGUCCGUGCAUUAUCCACGUACUACGCCAGAAGUAUGGCCUGAAAUCAUUAGGAAGGCAAAGGAAGGAGGAUUGGACGUGAUCGAAACUUAUGUCUUCUGGAAUUAUCAUGAACCUGUGAGGGGAGAGUACUAUUUUGGAGGCAGGUUUGAUCUAGUGCGGUUCGUGAAGGAAGUACAUGAAGCCGGUCUGUUUGUGCAUUUGCGAAUCGGCCCCUAUGCUUGUGCUGAAUGGAACUAUGGGGGAUUCCCAGUUUGGUUGCAUUUUAUUCCUGGAAUACAGUUCCGAACAACAAAUAGCCUUUUCAAGAAAGAAAUGGAGCGUUUUCUUGCAAAAAUAGUUAAUUUGAUGAAGGAUGAGAAUCUAUUUGCAUCACAAGGAGGGCCAAUCAUCCUCGCACAGGUGGAGAACGAAUAUGGAAAUGUUGAAGGGGCUUACGGAGUAGGUGGAGUUUUAUACGUCAAUUGGGCUGCAGAAACAGCUGUCAGUCUUAACACUACCGUUCCUUGGGUGAUGUGUGCACAGGCAGAUGCACCCGAUCCAAUUAUAAACACUUGCAAUGGGUUUUAUUGUGAUCGGUUUGCUCCAAAUUCACCAUUCAAGCCAAAAAUGUGGACGGAAAACUAUGUUGGAUGGUUCCUUGCCUUUGGAUAUGCUGUUCCUUUUCGACCCGUUGAAGACCUAGCUUUUGCCGUUGCACGCUUUUUUGAAACAGGUGGCACUUUCCAGAACUAUUACAUGUAUUUUGGUGGAACCAACUUCGGUAGAACAGCUGGAGGACCUUUGAUUGCGACUAGUUACGAUUACGACGCCCCAAUAAAUGAAUACGGUUUAAUCAAUCAGCCAAAGUGGGGCCAUCUGCGCGACCUUCAUAUCGCAAUUAAAAAGUGCGAGGAACAUUUGGUCAAUGCCAAUUCAACUCAAAUAUCUCUUGGUGAUAAUCUCGAGGCACAUGUGUACUACAAAUCCUCGAAAGAAUGUGCAGCUUUUCUUGCCAAUUAUGAUAGCUCUUCAGAUGCAACUGUCACUUUCAGAGGGAAAUCUUACUUUCUCCCCCCGUGGUCCGUGAGCAUUCUUCCAGACUGUGUGAACGUCAUUUUCAACACAGCUAAGGUUACUUCGCAAGUCACUGUUGAUGAUAAUAGUGCUUUUACUCGGAGCAUCACUAUGAGAGACUAUUCUCUAUCAUCAUCAUCGUCUUGGAGUUGGUAUAAAGAAAAGGUCGGUGUUUGGGGUAACAACUCGUUUGACGCAUCGGGGUUACUGGAGCAGAUAAAUACAACAAGAGAUACAAGUGAUUUUCUCUGGUAUACGACAAGCAUAAAUAUGGAUGAAAAAAUUGGGCAAAAUGAAACGAAAGAAGUAGGUCUGUUCGUCGGAAGCUUGGGACACGCAGCUCUGAUCUUUGUGAAUAAGAGAUUAGUAGGAUUUGGUUAUGGUAUACAUGAUGAUGCCAGCUUCAUGCUAACUGCUAAAGUCAACCUUCGUACCGGAAGCAACACAAUAGACGUGCUGAGUAUGAUGAUUGGAUUACAGAAUUAUGGACCAUGGUUCGAUGUCCAAGGGGCGGGACUGUAUUCCGUCAUUCUUACGGGUUUGACAGAUUCAAAAGAAGACCUUUCUUCUGCGCAGUGGACCUAUCAGGUUGGAGUCGAAGGUGAAUUCCUAGGACUUGAGAAAGAAUCUCUUGCAAAUAGUUCGAUAUGGACUCAGGGGAGCGUUUUACCAAUCAAUCAUACUCUGACAUGGUACAAGACUGCAUUCUUCGCACCAGAAGGAAAAGGUCCCGUGUCGUUGAAUCUUUCCGGGAUGGGGAAAGGUGAAGCAUGGGUAAACGGACAGAGUAUAGGGCGAUAUUGGUCUUCUUAUCUCUCACCAUCAAGUGGCUGUUCUGAGGAUUGUGACUACAGAGGAACCUAUGACGCAUCAAAAUGUUUUAAAAAUUGCGGUCAGCCUGCUCAAACACUGUAUCUUGUACCGCGAUCUUGGUUAAAACCUGGUGAGAACCUACUUGUCAUCCACGAAGAGCUUGGAGGGGACCCCACAACAAUCUCUUUUGUCACUCGAAAAGGUCAACGUAUAUGCAACCAUGUGUCAGAUUCGGAUCUUCCACCGGUUGAUACUUGGGAACCGAUUGUGGGUUUUGGGUCCACAACACCACAACUUGGGCUGAAAUGUGAAACGGGAUGGCGUAUUGCUUCGGUUCUUUUUGCUAGCUUUGGUACUCCUCGAGGGAAUUGUGGGGCAUCGUUUUAUCCGGGAAUUUGUCAUGCCAAUGUUUCAUCAACAAUUGAGCAGAUGUGUGUUGGGAAGCAAGGAUGUUCGAUUCCUGUCUCGACAGCCGCACUUGGAGUUGGAGAUCCUUGUCCGAAUGUUCGGAAAAGCCUGGCGGUUGAAAUUCUUUGUCAAAAUUGAAAUGGCUUCUUCCACUGCAAUUUCUAACCUUUCGACCACUUGUGCGGGCAACUGUGAUAACCAAGGCAACUGAUCACCAGCUAAAUAAGUUGUAUGUAUUACGGCAUAAUAAUUUAUCCUUGGCCAAUAAGUCAUAUAUAAAAAUAUGAUAUAAUAAUCUAUCUGCCCAUGUAACUUUUUUCAGAUGAUAUA